UGACAUAGCCACAUAGCCCUGACUCACUGCAAGAGAAAUUCUGUACUGCCUUCUUAAAAGAUUCCGCACUGUUUAAUUCGCGCAUACACACAUUCCUCUGACGUUUAGCCCAGCGUACACACCGCUGGCGUGACCAGAAAAAGCAGCUCGGUUACAUUGAGACAGGGAACCUGGCAAGAUAUCCGAGCGAAAAGACACAAAAUAUACAUUUGCAAUACUCUGAGGAGAGGACACUCCCGCCAAGAUGCCACUCUUUGGUAAGUCCCACAAGAGUCCCACUGACAUCGUGAAAACUCUGAAGGACAACCUGGGCAUCCUGGUGAAGCAGGACAAGAAGACAGACAAGGCAUCAGAGGAGGUGUCCAAAUGUUUGGUUGCCAUGAAGGAGAUCCUGUACGGCACCAACGACAAAGAGCCACACACUGAGACGGUGGCCCAGUUGGCCCAAGAGCUGUACAACAGUGGGCUGCUCAUUUCACUGGUGGAGAACCUGCAGGUCAUCGACUUUGAGGGGAAGAAGGAUGUCUGCCAGAUCUUCAACAACAUCCUGCGGAGGCAGAUUGGCACACGCAGCCCCACUGUGGAGUACUUCUGCUCCCACCAGGAGGUGCUGUUCAUCCUGCUCAAAGGGUAUGAGACGGCUCAGGUGGCCCUGAACUGUGGGAUCAUGCUGAGGGAGUGCAUUCGUCACGAGCCGCUGGCUAAAGUCGUCCUCCACUCCGAUCACUUCCACGACUUCUUCAACUACGUGGAGAUGUCCACCUUCGACAUCGCCUCGGACGCCUUCGCUACCUUCAAGGACCUGCUCACGAGGCACAAGGUGUUGGUGGCCGAGUAUUUAGAACAGAACUAUGACACAGUGUUUGGAGAGUAUGAGAAGCUGCUACACUCUGAGAAUUAUGUCACCAAGAGGCAGUCACUAAAGCUCUUGGGAGAGCUGCUCUUGGACAGACACAACUUCACAGUGAUGACGCGUUACAUCAGCAAACCUGAGAACCUGAAGCUGAUGAUGAACCUCCUCAGAGACAAGAGCCCCAACAUCCAGUUUGAGGCCUUCCACGUGUUCAAGGUGUUUGUGGCCAAUCCCAACAAAACGCAGCCUAUCAUAGAUAUCCUCUUAAAGAACCAGACGAAGCUCAUCGACUUCCUCAGCAACUUCCAGAAGGACCGCACAGAUGAUGAGCAGUUCAACGAUGAGAAGACCUACCUGAUCAAACAGAUACGAGACCUGAAGAAGCCAGCUUCCUAAAGCUUAGCCUAGCAAUCAUGCCAAUCUCCACUUUUUACUGAGCAAAACAAAACACAAAAAUAUAUUAACAAUAAUAAUAAUAUUAAUAACUCUAUUUAAAAUCUUGGAAAAAAACAUUUGUCUUUUUUUUCUUAGUUACUUAUCAAGCUUGCAAAAAGUCUAGUCCUCAAUCACAGAUGUUCUCCUAAUUUCUUUCAUGAAAGUACAUCCUUUUCCUCCUUAGUUUUGUGCCCCAAAAGGAUGUUUUUGAAGACUGUAGAGGGCGACUGGUUGGUUUUAUCCAGGUGGGGAACUAAAGGGUUACAGUAUCCUGUUCCCUUGGGGAAGAGCCAAGAGGAUGGACAGUAAAAAGUUGUUCUUUUUACUGUAUGUGAGGUUUUCAUCAUCUCUGCUUCAUUCUCACCAUGCACUCAUAUGCUGGUCCACUCACACCUGUAGCACUCCUGAAGUCUGAGCUGUUCCCAGGCCAGCUGCAAAGACCUAGAGAGGUCUGUCUCUUGUACAGUACAUUUGUAGAGGACCCAGAUAUUGUAGUUAGUUAACAUGUAGGAAAGGGAGGUUGCCUUCUCCACUUAUUUAUACGGCUUUGCUCUCUCUCUCGCUCUCUCUCUCUCUCUCUCUCUCUCUCUCUCUCUCUCUCUCUCUCUCUCUCUCUCUCUCUCUCUCUCUCUCUCUUUCUUUCUCUCUUUGUUUCCGUCUCUUCUGGCUUCUUUGAGUUUGAGAGCUCAGUUUUCAUAAUUGCAUUCCUUCUCAAGAUGUCUUUGUAUUUUCUUUUCACGUGUCACAGUAUUUGAAAGCUGCAGGCCUUUUGAUAAAAGCUUGGGUUUGAUCAAACACCAAAGGAUCACUGGCUGUCCCCAAGAGCUCAGAGAAGUCUCCAGGCUUCUGUCGUGAGUCCAAAAAUAUUAACAGUAAGAUUAAAAAAAAAAAAAAAAAAACAGGAAGAAAAUGUGAAAUCUGUAAUAUUUUAUUCAAGGUUUAUUUGAAAUAACUAUUAAUCAGUAGGUUUGACUGAGGACUAGUGUUUUAAAUUUGUUUUGAUCAUUAGUUCUUGAAAUAUGAAACGGGCAGUACUGCCAAUAUCUUGGUGUUUGUAGAAUUCAGUGCUACAAGUAUCGCUGUACAUUUUUAAAACUUUGUUUUGAAGUUCACUUUUUUUUGUUAAACAGGGCUGUAUCACAUUAUAUUUUGUAUUUUUUUUUUUUAUUGCCAUGGCUACCUGUUGGGUGUCCAUCAGCUACGUUUUUGUUGCCAUGGUCAUUUGUCAGGGGUCCAUCUGCUGGCGUGUAUGCUCUUGAGGGUGGGUGCCAUGAAGAGUGCACUAGAAAGAUCCCAAGCACUUCUGGAAGUUUCUUCAUCUGUUGCCGUGAGCUGAGAGCAAGGGGGUAGUGUUCUCAAGGCAGGCAUUUCUCUCCUAUAGCCAUUUGUGAGCUUUUUCUUUGAUCUCAUCCUGAUGUACUUAGUGAAAGAUAAGGCAUAAACUCAGAGGGUUGCUGAAAACACAUCAAAAGUUGAGGUCACGGACAUUAAACAGGUGCCUUUUGUUUUUGUGUGCUUCUUGUCCAGCUCAUUAUUUUGUAUUUAAAAAAAAUCAAGGGGGAGCUUAAUUCUCAUUAUUUUAUUAUUUUAAAAUAUGGUCUGAUAGAACAUAUUUGUCUUAAUUAAGCAAUGAACCUCUUUAACUCACUAUAUUUUGAGUUCUACUGUUGAUGAAGUACUUUCUUUUCUCUUCUGUAAUUGCUGCAGUUUUCCGAUUGAGCCCAGCGGAGUAGGACUGUUUGAUUGAUCCUGUAGAGUAGGGCCGAGGAGCUGUCCAACUUCUCGCUCGCCAUGGUGACAUUUGACUUGCCAAUGUUAGGGAGGGACUGUGGGCAGGGGUGAUGGGGUUUUGUAUUACAGUGAACUAUACUAACAUGACCCAAUACAAUUUGGAUUUAAGAAUAACUCUGAAGGUUGAUCUCUCGAUGAAGGAGUGGCAUUUGGUGGAUCUCUGAUGGUGAUGUGGAAAGCUUUCCACAGUGUUGUGAACCAAACAUGUUUUAACAUGCAGUCACUGUUUUAAUUGCCAAAUAUUUACUUUGACAAAAAAAAUACUCUUUCGUUGGCAAGUACUACUAUUGUAUUUACCCAGUCCUCACUUUCUUUGCAUAAUUUAUUGGCAUUCCACAUUCAGGAUGGUUUGGGUUCUUCAGUAUUGUACUGCUUAGUAUGAAAGGUGUAACGGGAGGGUCUCGCUCCUUAAGUCUGAGCCAAGAAACAAGUGGAUUCUUUUUUUUUUUUUUUUUUUUUGGGGAAAAGUUCUGCAAUGAGAACAGAAACCAAAAGCAAUCAGUUCAGAAUCGCCCAUAUCUACAAUGGAACCUCAUUUCAAGAUCAUAUGGUUGCAUUUUUCCACUUUGAAAGAAAUUGUACCACAUCACCAAUAAAGGAAAACCAAUGCAUCAAAA